CGGCCUAGCUCCUCCCUCCGGUGCUUCCCGGAAAGCGCUCCGCGGGCUCCGUGCGCGGGCCCGGGAGGCGCGCGCCCCGAAGACUCGUGGAGCUGAGUGAAAACCCGCGCGCUGUGCAGCCACCGGCUGUUGGCUAGGAGGACAGAUGCUGUGAUCAUAUCUGUUGAUCUGGGAGGAGCUCACAUAUUUAGAACUGCUGGCCACCUCUGUGUGGCCACUUCAGCCAUAGUGCACCUAUAAUAAGCAUUUUUAGCAGGAUAUGCCUUUAGUUUAAAUGAAGAAUGUCUCUCAACUCACCUGUAUUUCUCGAAGAAAGUGAAGAAAGUAAUUCAAAAUUUGUGGAAACAAAACAGUCACAGACUACUUCCAUAGCUUCAGAAGAUCCCCUUCAGAACUUAUGUUUAGCAUCUCAAGAAGUUCUUUAUAAAGCUCAACAAACUGGGAGAUCAAAGUGUCUACGAUGUGGUGGUUCCAGAAUGUUUUACUGCUAUACAUGUUAUGUCCCAGUUGAAAAUGUACCUAUUGAACAGAUUCCACUUGUGAAGCUUCCAUUGAAGAUCGACAUCAUUAAACAUCCAAAUGAAACAGAUGGCAAAAGUACUGCUAUACAUGCAAAACUCUUAGCACCUGAUUUUGUGAACAUUUAUACAUAUCCUUGUAUUCCAGAAUAUGAAGAACAGGAUCAUGAAGUUGCGCUUAUUUUUCCUGGACCUCAGUCUGUCUCCAUAAAAGAUAUCUCUUUCCAUCUACAAAAACGAAUGCAAGAUAAUAUUAGAGACAAAAGUGAUGACCCUGACAAGCCAACUGUUAAACGUAAAAAAACUGAAGAAAUGGAGGACCUUGAUUUGAUUGGCAGCAAGGGCAAAGGCACAAUACUGAAAAAAAUUAUUUUUAUAGAUAGCACUUGGAACCAGACAAACAAAAUAUUCACUGAUGAGAGACUUCAAGGAUUGUUACAAGUUGAGUUGAAAACAAGAAAAACUUGCUUUUGGCGCCAUCAAAAAGGAAAGCCAGACACUUUCCUUUCCACAAUUGAAGCAAUUUACUACUUUCUUGUGGACUACCAUACUGAAAUACUAAAAGAGAAAUACACAGGACAAUAUGACAAUCUUUUAUUUUUCUACUCCUUUAUGUACAGGCUGAUAAAGGAUGCCAAAUGCUCUGGAGAUAAAGAAAAAAGAAAGCUUAUCCAUUAGUUUUUACUAAUCCACCUAUGUCAUUUUAUUUUGCUGAAAUUAAUAAACUUACAGUUAUGCUUUGUUUAUUCUUAAGAAAUAAGCAUGAAUAAUGCCUAUAAGACCACAUGAAAAAAUACCAUUCAAUCUUACUUAUAUAUCUUUUUAAAGAUUUAU